UGUUGUUAUUACAUACACGUAUCGCUCAUAAGUGAGCAACAAAUAUAUAAACACAAGGAGGAGCACAGAGUGAACCAGUCGGCACAGGUUAUUAAAACGAUGGCUGCAUCUAUCAAAGAAUGCGUCGACAAGAUCGUCUCCGUAGUCACGCAAGACGGUCGACUCUUAGUGGGCCAGCUGAAGGGUUACGAUCAAAAUAUCAACAUAGUACUCAGAAAUUGUCAUGAAAGAGUUUACCAUCCGAGUGAGCCCUUCCAGAAGGUUGAGAUGGGAUCGUAUAUCGUCAGAGGCGAUAAUCUGGCUGUAAUUGGAGAGUUGGAGGAAGAGUUGGACAAUGCACAAGAUUUUGACAACCUACACGGCGAAACGUUAAAGCCCGUUGUUCACUGAGCACUGCACUCUGAUGGUCCAACAUUAUAUAUUUGAACUUAUCACGGUAGGAAUAUCGACACUCUUCUAUCGAUUUAGAUCACGCUCGCGUGCCGCAUCCUCGGCCCCAGACCAGUACCUAUUGCAGAUUGGCAACGGACCGAUUGUAAUAUACUUGAGACUACAUUGAAAUGAUGAUUUUAGAAAUCGUAGCAAAACCUGGCAGUCAAUACACCGAUACCAUCACUGCGUAUGUGGCGAAAUGGCACAGAAAGGCCUCAAUAGCGAUAUGUAUUGCGCCUUGGUUAUACAGUGACAGAUCAAUGACGAGAUAAAAAUUGGAUCUAGUAGCCCGAUCAGAAUGAUUGAAUACACUUUAACGUGGUAUCCGUUUUGCUCUGCUGAUCCCCCGAUUCGUGCAUAGAAGCGAUGUCGGGAUUCAAUCAAUUGUUCCCGCAUUUUAAUAACUGCUGCCGUCUUAUUAAAAGGUUCGUAUUAGCUCGAUGAUCGAAGAUCGCUUUUUGCUUAACUAUCCGUUUUGCUGGAGCGAUGUACUGAAGGCGUAUCAGCGAUAACACACUCGCCGAAAUAGCCAUGUUUCCUAAAAACUGAAGCGAGCCAAUCCUAUAAAAACUCCCCGAAUUAGCCAAUGGAGGCAAAAAUGCUAUAACAUGCGAGUUAGAAUUCGUCUGCAAAGUGGUAUAUAACUAUUGGAUCGACGGUGUUUAUUUGCACGGACUUGCAACAGACACGACUCGUCACACCUAGUCGGAUUGGCGGUCCAUCCAAUGAUGACACGGUGAGUGUGCACUUAUAUGACACAUUCGGAACGAUGGACUCUCAAUCUAUAUCUACGUGACUUCUAUCAGCGGCGGUUAUUGCAGAGAGAAUUUGGGGUUG